AUGCAGAGCGCUGGCGUCCAGGGGCAGGAACCCAAGUUGGUGGACUACGAUUCUGACUGGGAGGAGGAGGAGGACGAGGAUUCCAGCACAGGCCCGUGGCUCUCGGCCCUGACCCCCCCAAACAGUCCCCACGGCUUGGUGGUCCCUGGCUCUGAGCCCCCGCUGCUGCUGCUGCCCGCCCGGGACUGCUGUGCCACUGGCUGCAGUGCUCAGGACUUGGGCCUGAGCCCCUCGCUCUUCUCCUCGCCCAGUCACCUGCUGUCCGGCCAAACCCAGCCUGAGGGGAUCGAGAGCGUUUCCCAAGCCCUGUUUGAAGAUGUGUGCCUGAACCUCUCCACGGGCACCCUGUGGACGAAGGACCCUUGGACCUCGGUGAGUGACUUCUCGUCCUCCUCAGAGGAGGACGGGGACUGCGUCUGGAGACCCAUCGAGCGGGACCCCAAGCCAUCGCCCGCCAGGCCCCAGACCAAGAGGGCGGCGGAGCCGGGUCGGCGGCCGGUGGCCCCGAACCCUCCGUGUCCCUUCCUGUUGAAGAAGAAGUGUGUCAACGGAUUCAUCAUGUUCUGCCGCCUCAACCGCAAGCAGUACAUUCGCACCCGGCCUGGCAUCGCGUCCACCACUGCCACCAAGGAGCUGGCCCACCUGUGGCGUCUGAUGACCCAGCAGGAGCAAAAGCCGUACCGCUCCAAGGCUCGAAGGUUCAGCCGCCUGCACAACCGCAUCGUGCGCAGCGAUAAUUCCAGCAGCGACGAGGAGCUGCCGCCCCAGAAGCCCUUCUACCUGCUCCUGGCUGAGAAAGCGCACUGCUUCCCUCCCCCCGGCACCCUGUGAUCCCUCCCCGGGGCUGAGCGGCCUCAGCCUGCCCCCCUUCCCCCCGCCAAGGGGCUGGGGCCCGGUGCCCCGGGGGCUUUAGUGGCAUCGGGACGAUCGAGGUGGGUACCGCUGCCACCGUCCUGCGUGGCCGUCGUUCUGUGAGGUUUUAAUGUGGGUCCAGGUCAGGUUGCGGUAGUCCCUGGGAGGGGUGGUGCUCGGCUCCCCGUCCGGGUC